GGUUCGCAGGCUCCUCUCCUGGGCGGGCCCCCGCGGGAGGCGGGGUGGAGCCGUUGUCGGGAGGGUCCCGUCUGUGCUUUCGAGGCUGCCUGGCAGAGCUCAGGUACGCAGAGACCCUGAUGCGCUUUGAUUAUGUGUGGCUGCGUGAUCACUGCCGCUCAGCAUCCUGCUACAACAGCAAGACCAACCAGCGCAGCUUAGACACAGCUAGUGUGGAUCUGUGCAUCAAACCAAAGACUAUCCGAGUGGAUGAGACCACGCUCUUUCUAACAUGGCCAGAUGGUCAUGUGACCAGGUAUGGGUUAGAGUGGCUGGUGAAGAACAGCUAUGAGGGUCAGAAGCAGCAGGUCAUGCAUCCUCGAAUUCUCUGGAAUGCUGAGAUCUAUCAGCAAGCCCAAGUGCCCUCCGUGGACUGCCAGAACUUCCUGGAGACAAAAGAGGGCCUGAAAGAAUUCCUGCAAAACUUCCUGCUGUAUGGCAUUGCUUUUGUAGAAAACGUCCCCCCCACCAAAGAGGACACGGAAAUCUUAGCAGAGAGGAUCAGCUUGAUCAGGGAGACCAUCUAUGGUAGAAUGUGGUAUUUCACCUCUGACUUCUCCCGGGGAGACACAGCAUACACAAAACUGGCUCUGGAUCGUCACACUGACACCACCUACUUCCAGGAGCCCUGUGGUAUCCAGGUGUUCCACUGCCUCAAGCACGAAGGGACAGGUGGCAGGACGCUGCUGGUGGAUGGCUUCUAUGCAGCAGAGCAGGUUCUCCAGCGAGCUCCUGAAGAAUUUGAGCUCCUCACCAAGGUGCCGCUGAAACAUGAGUACAUUGAGAAUGUUGUGGGCUGUCACAACCACAUGAUUGGGGUUGGGCCAAUUUUGAAUAUCUACCCCUGGAACAAUGAGCUCUAUUUGAUCAGGUACAAUAACUACGACCGAGCUGUCAUCAACACAGUGCCUUAUGAUGUUGUGCAUCGCUGGUAUGCCGCGCAUCGCACACUCACCACAGAGCUACGGAGACCGGAAAACGAACUCUGGGUCAAACUGAAGCCAGGCAAGGCGCUGUUUGUGGAUAACUGGCGCAUCCUGCAUGGGCGGGAAUCAUUCACGGGAUACCGCCAGCUGUGCGGGUGCUACCUGACGAGAGAUGACAUGCUAAAUACUGCACGUUUCCUGGGGCUGCAAGCUUAACAUAGACUGUCAGCAGCAGAGAGGCAGCAAAACCUGUCAACUACAGUGCUCCUGGAACUUUGCGUCACCAGAAUGAACACGUUUUAAAUACCUCAAACACCCCCAUCCCUGCCAAAUAGUUCUCGGUGCCUGGGGGAAUGGGCGGGAGUUAAGGGUCACCAGAGCUUUACCUGAUUGUCAGCUGUGGGGCAGAGGGGGAGACCUCUCUUGCUCCCACCCCCAUGGCCUUUCAGCACAGUCUGACUCAGCUUGAGAAGGAAGAAGCCAAGGAACUGAGUUGCAGCUGGAAAUGCUCACAAACACCAGCUGAUGCAAAAUUCCAAUCAAGUGCCUUCUGGAUUUUAAAUGAGGUGGUAAAGCCCUCACGUUCCCCUAGGUGUUUUGUCAGCAGCCUUCCAGGAUUCAUUGCACAUGGUAGGCCAAAGUAGCUGUUUGCCUUGUUUUGACCCUGAGCUAGACCUUUUUCCAGCUUGAGAGAGAACAAGAGGAUCAGUUUGGUCCUGCUUGAAGUAAUGCAAACACCAAGUUACUCCAGCGUGAGGGUGGUGACAAGUUUCUCUUCUCUUUCCCGCUCCUUAAACACCUCCCCUAGCCCCACCUGUGUGCAUGCAUUUUGGGGCAGAUACAAUGUCAUCCUUCUCCAGUAAUUGAAGGCAAACUGUGCUGACUGAUGGCCCAAACGGAUCAGCCAGUGUAGUAUGGAACCUCUCCUCGGAGAUCUGUGGAGAAGGAGGGGAAGUGAGAAAUUUCUGGGAGGGAGCAAGGUGCGGUUCAUCAGGCAGCAGUGCAAGGCAAGGGCAGUAUUUCCCACACCCCUCCUUGGUCUGAGCAGCAGCAGGCUUGUCUCCACAAUUCCCCCAGCCUGUUGUUACCUGGUCAGAGCUUCCCUGCACGUGUUUCUUGGAGACUUGCUGCCUGGGCCUUUCUGUUCUCUCUGCCUAUGGGCUACAGGCUUAGUGCAGGGAAGCUGGG